AUGGAGGACUUACACCACCACCUCGGGAGACGCAGCCUCUGGGACAAGUAUGAUGUGCCUAAAUCCCCCACCUUCGAUGUCACCGAGAUAUGGGGUUAUGAUGGCUCCGACUCGGCAUCCUGCGACCACAGGACCAUAUCCUCCGCCGACGUUUCCAGUUGGCUGGACGAGCCAGCAGAGAAGCUACUCUAUCCCAGAACACACAGACGGCUCGCCCGGUUCGUCUGGGUGGGAGAGAAUCCAAAGACGUCGCGCCACGCACCGUCUACAGGAGUACUGUCUCAGAUCAUCGAGGCUUGGAGCCUCGAGCAAGCAUCUGAUUACUCGCGGAGCAGCUUUGCGGGGGUCGCCGCUCUGCCGCCUCGUGGCGACACCAGGAUAUUCACCGUCACGUACCAUCCAAAGAUAGCCCUGGCAUGGUCCAACUCCACGAUAGGCGGCGUGACGCACACCCAAGCCGUCGCCUUCACAGGGCCCGAGCAGAGGACGGAGAUGCUCAACAUCCUGGUGUCCCGAUGGCGUCCCGACGUGCUGAGCCACCCCGUGUUCCCCGCCUUCUUGUGCAGCUUGGCUCUGAGCGGCGAAUUCGACGACACGACCGAGGGCAUCAAGGCGGACGUGCGCGAGGUCGAGGUGCGUACCGGCCACCACCGCUUCUCCCACCGCCAGGAACGGCCGGCUGCGGGAGAACUGGGAAAUCUCUCUGCCAGGAUGAGCGGGUGUGCCGCGAAGCUCGCCAAUGGGUCCCGUAAACUGAGCGUCAGGGAUUCCAUCUACACCCUCUCGUCAUCUCCUCUCAGCCCACUAGCAACUUUUCAAGAGAAGCCCAACACCUCAGCCGCCACCCUCCUCUCCCAUCACGUCGACGUCCUCCAGCAGCGGCUAGCCAUGCAGUCGGUAGACAACGAGUACGUCCGACAGCGGGUGCAGGUGCAGAUUGCGGCGCUAUUCCACCUUAUCGCCCAGCAGGACAACGCCAUCGCCUUCGACACGGCGCGGGCCACACGGGAGCUCGCCGCGUCGAGCCAGGAGGACUCGUCGGCGAUGAAGAUGCUCUCCAUCGUCGCCAUGGUCUUCCUCCCAGGCAGCUUCGUCGCCGCCCUAUUCUCCACCCCGCUGUUUGACUGGGACGGCGUCUCGGUGGAUUCGUCGUCGAUUGGGAUUGGUACUAGGCCGCAGUUUGCGCUGUUCUGGGCUGUCACGGUGUCGGUCACGGCGGUGACGUUUGCGGCGUACCUGGUUGGGAUGAUCAUGCGGAAAAGAAAGGCGAAGAGAAGGGCGAAAAGGCGGGAUAUUUCUGUGUGACAGCUGGAGCUAGGCUUCCGUAGGGGAGUCACUUCGGAAUGGACUCGCCGCUGUCUCGGGCCGGGUUCUCAAAGCCGCCACGGGGAUUCGGGUCGGAGUGGGGCCGUACCAGCCAGUAUCGAAUGACAGACGGAGAUAUGGACUACAAUAACGCUACCGGCAAGAGGAGUGAUCAUUCCCUUUGGCCGUAGGGGGAUUGCGACAUCGAGAUGGGGCCGUGGACUCAGACUGUACCAGCAGUUGUAACAUCGCAUGCGGCCUACCGCGUCCGUGGGCUGUUAUGCUGCUGAGUUCUUCAUUCGCGUAUAGACAGUUUAUGCUACUCAAUUGCUGAUGAACCUGAUUCUCUCUUAAACUCCGCGGAGAUGGAC